ACCAUCAAUGUGAUGAAUAAAAUCCCAACACUGCAUGCGCUACACUAUUAAACUGACAGUCGUGUGAAUACUGGAAAAUGUUGUCGUUGCAAGGAAGGACGCCAUUUUCUUGCUCCAGUAACCACUCCUCUUUAUUUCUGGGAUUACAGCGAACCAGUGGUCGGAAUUCAAACCCGGAAAUGGCGUCUUCCGCGUAUCAACCAAUGAGAGCCACGGUACGAGCUGAACGUCAGUCCUUUUAGCGCAUUUAUUUGUCUCGUAUGUGACGUGCCGGCUGGCUUUGUGUUGUUUCAGUAUAUUGCUUUCAACAUAUUUCAGUAAAGCUUAUUCACUGGGUGAAGUUUUGUAUAUGGACAAACGCCAGCGUUGAAGUUGAAACCUGACGUACCUGAAGGAAACAUGGAUGCAGAUUUGUUUAUGGAGUGUGAGGAGGAGGAGCUGGAGCCAUGGCAACAGCAGCCUUCAAUGGAGGAACCGGUGGGCAAUGCAGAAAGCAAUACUUUCACUAGUGAGACCAACACGGCUGAGCCUAAAACCAUGGUGAUCCAAAGCCUGCCACCUGUAGUGAAUGCAGUGAGCACUGUGCCACUGCUAACAAAACCAUUAACUCCUCAAGUAGUUUCCGCUGAUAUUCCUAAGCCAGUGCAAGGGCAGCAGGUCAUAUUGACUCCUAGUGGAGGAGGGUUGAGCACUGUGGCUCUGUCACAGGUUCUCCUGCCUGGCACGUCCCCAAUUACCAAUGCUGCCAACAGCCAGCCGUUUUACUUCACCACACAGGGUCUUCCAGUCCAGAAUAUUCAUACUCUCCAACCUGGCCAGAGCCCAAUGGGAUUGGUGCUAAAUGUCCAACAAGGCCAAACUGUUCGACCUAUAACUUUAGUCCAAGCACCUGGAACUCAGAUUUUUAAGCCAGCUGUUGGAUCAACCCAAAUAAUUACCCAGCCAGCUCAGAUAAGAGGCGCAGCUCCGAUCGCAAGCGUGGCCCAGACACCAACUUCCUUCAGCACAGUCCAGAUCCCUGCUACUCUCACAAUACGUACCACAACGGGGGUAACCCUGCCUACUGUUAAUUCUCUAAGCACCAUGUCCUCUACGACUGCUCAGCCUUCCGCACAACGGACCACAACUAAAAUCUUGACGAUAAAGCCGGGAACUAGCCCCUUAGAGCUGCAAAACCUUAUGAGCCUUGUGAAAUCGGUUAACCUUCCUGGUGGAGCUCAAGCACAGACAUUUGUUGUCAUGAACCAUCAAAAGACCAACGGGCCUCCUGUUGUCUCCUCUGCUGUUCCUUCCACACCUCCAACUGUUGUCCAAACGAUCCCCGUUACAAAUACAGUACAAUCGUCAUAUCAUUCGUGUCCUCGGUGUGGAGCUCAGUUCAAAAUGAUUGAGGCUCUGCGGAGUCAUAUGUGUUUCUGCUGUCCAGAUGCCGGGACGGCUGCCAAAGGCAGAACCACACCUGCUUCGAACACCUUAGCCACCCAAACCUUGCCCAAAACCCUCGUUGUUGUACCUAAGGUUAACACAGAAAGUUCCUCCAUCAAGGGUGAAGAGACCCAGUCCAGACUCGUAAUGCUGGUGGAUGACUUUUAUUAUGGUACUUUUGAGGGAAAUCGAGUCUACGUGCCUAUGGACAACUUGAAGGAACCAUUACCGUUCAGAUGUCUCACCUGUAAUAAGAAGCUGAAGAAUAACAUUAGGCUUAUGACCCAUAUGAGGUACCAUGUCGAGCUGGAUCAGCAAAAUGGGGAGAUGGGCACUCACACCUCCUGCCAGCACUGUUUUCGCCAUUUUCCCACUCCGUUUCGCCUUCAGUGUCACCUGGAGAGUGUCCACACUGCUGUGGAGUCAUCGACCACGUGUAAGAUAUGUGAGUGGUCCUUUGAGAGUGAGCCAGUGUUUCUCCAGCACAUGAAGAACACACACAAACCUGGAGAGAUGCCGUAUGUGUGCCAGGUGUGUGAAUACCGGUCUUCUUUCUACCCUGAUGUUCUUAAACACUUUCAUACCUGGCAUGAGGAUACCCGUCACCUUCUGUGCCAGUAUUGUCUUAAGGUUUUCAAGCAUUCCUCCAGUUACCAGAAGCACUAUGUUUGUCAUCAGAAGUCAACUGUUUACCACUGUAACAAGUGUCGCCUUCAGUUUCUUUUCACAAAAGACAAAGUUGAGCAUAAAGUGAAUCAUCACAAGACUUUCCGCAAGCCUCGUGAAUUAGAAGGACUCCAGCCAGGAACAAAAGUAACCAUUAGGGCAUAUGUUGGACAGAAGAAAACAAGUCAGUCGUCUUCAAAGACACCUGUUACCUUAAUGAAUAGCAUAGCCAGUUCUCAACCCGUAAACAGUGGUGACCAGCAGUCACAAAAACAAGGACCUGGGAGAAAACAGGUCAGCAGGAUGUUUGGCUAUAUAGUCAAUUUCCAAGAGCAGCGUGCACUGCUGGGUAGACAUAAGUGUGUUGAAUGCACUUUUGAAGUCCCAGACUUUGCGAAUCAUUAUCCUACUUACGUCCACUGCUCGCUGUGUUUUUACAGCACAUGCUGUUCUCGUGCGUACGCAAACCACAUGAUUAACAAUCACGUUGCUGGAAGAAUGGCAAAAGCUUCUAAAAGGGGUCCCCCAAGCGGUUUGAAGCUGAGCUGUGCAGAAUGUGCCUACUCAACCUCUGUGGGAAAUUUAAUGGCCAAACACAUGGCGAAGUUCCGUGGUCACUCCUCUUGUAUCUUCACUCGUAGAGAGUGUUUGGAGACAGAUAUAGAGUUCUGCCAGGUUGAGGAGGAGGAGGUGGAGGGUCCACAAGGGGAUGAAGCUAGUGAUGUUGGGACACAGCCUGACUGGUUGUCCAUGGAACACUGGAGUGUGCCGAGAGAUGAAGGAACUGUGCCACAAUUCAUGGAAAGUUGUGGCCCACAGCUUUUAAUGUCCAAGACAAGCGAUGCCCUCGACUACUUCACGCUUCUUUUUCCCGACAACCUCUUUGAGCAAAUCGUUUACGAGACCAACGCCUACGCUAGUUACUGCUGUGCUUUCGGCAAGGGGGAUCCUACCUGGUAUCCUGUGGUUACAGAGGAAAUCAAAGGCUUUUUUGGUCUCUGCAUCCUGAUGGGGCUUGAAAGCCUGCCGGAUCCAGAGAUGUACUGGUCCUCGGACCAAUGUCAGGGGAGUUUCGCCUCCAAAACACGCGAGGUCUUUCAGUGGACCAUGUCUAUCACACGUUUCAAGCAGAUCAGGGCUCACAUCAGAAUGAGCAGCAUGAUUGUGGAGAACAAUGAGCAAAGUGUCGACAAGCUGCUCUUUUUUCAGCCCAUGUUGAAUGUCUUGCAGACAAGCAUGAAAGACGCCUACAUUCCAAAUAAGUGUCUGACAAUCGAUCAAGCUUUUCUACCAAGCCACGAGAAAGGAAUCGCCAGGGAGAAGAGUAAAAAUUCUCAGCCGAGGAUAUGGCUCCUGUGUGAUUCAAAAUCUGGCUUCUGCCACAAACUGUUAGUCUUGACACAGCAGGAGAAACACAAAGACAUGGGGAGAUCUGUUGUGCCGCAUCUCAUAGAAGACCUUCAGGGUAAACAUCACCACUUCUUCUUGUCCAGCUCACUAGCGUCUGUUCCUCUAAUGCGGGAGCUGUAUGAAGUUGGUAUAUACUGCUCCACCUCUGUCCUGCCUAACAGUUCUAUCCUACCUGUUGAGUUUUGGGAUCUGCCCCCAUUGGAGAAUCCAGGAGAUUUUCAACAGUACAAAUACUCUCCACUACUUGCUACCAGAUGGAAAGAUUCCAAGCAGCUAGUAUGCCUCUCCACAAACGCUGAAGCAGGCCAGCCAGACACAGUGUGGAGGAGAUCCACUGUUAAGAUGGGUGAUCUUACCUCCAUCGAAAGACCUCUGGCCUUUAAGCUGCUCCAGGACAAUAUGCGUGGAGUUGACAUCUGUAAUCAGUUACUGACCUGCAAUCAACUCGGCGGGCUGAGUCUUGACACCAACUGGCGGCGUCUCUUCUGGUUCCUCGUUAACUUGAGUGUCAUUAAUUCUUUCAUCAUUCUACGAGAGACCCGCAAAGACCGUCCACCUGCGUGGUGUCCAGGCGGUCACUUCUCCCAGGCCAUCUAUCGUAAACGGCUAGGGUACCAGCUGGCCAAGAUCGCUGAACGAUACGUCCGUCGGAACCAAAUUUUUGAGAGCACAGUCCUGCAAGACUUCAGUCAGACAUCAAUCAAGCAAGAGAGUUCAGAGACACAAGAAGGGGUCAGACACCGAUUAGCCAAAAUUUCUCGUAAGACGAAGAGAUGUAAGGUUUGCAACCUGCUGAAUCAACGUCAUGAGAGUGUGUACGGCUGCACGGUGUGCCUUGUGAAUCUGUGCAAGCGUUCUUGCUGUUUCUGGGACUUCCAUGGUUUCUCACCUAAUUUCCAAGGUAACCCCAGGGUUGGAUUUGUGGCCCCUAAGAGGGAAGGCAUGCCGUAUGCACUUGAUCGUCGCACUAAAAGAUUCAAGGCUAAAAGAGAGGUGCACCCCUCGGAGGACAGCAAAAAUAGUCCAUGUGGUGCUGAUUCUGAGGAUCAGAAUGUGGACCAGGAAAUGGCUCCUCUGGAAGACACCGACAUGGACACUGAUACAGCUGAAAGUGAUGUGGAGCCACAGGAAAUACUAAACAGACAAAAGGGAGCAAUAGAGGUAGCCAAUUCAACACUUUCCCACCCUGCUAAAGACAGAGAUGAGCCUCUCUCUAUUCAUCAACGUCGAAUUCUACUGCUGGCAUUGUGCGGUGGAAUCCAGAAAGCGUCUAAUGAAAUGUCCACCAAGCCUAAUCUCAUUCAAUCCUGGCUUCGAGACAAAGAGAAACAGUUAGAUGAAGUCAGCUGCAGUAGACGUGGAGAGGCCUUUGACCGUCUGGUGGAGUGGGUUCUGGCCCAACGGGAGCAACAGUUUCCUAUCAGUGAGGCGAAACUAUUCGAGAAAACUUCAGAGAUGCAAAGUCAAACUAACGAGAGCGACUCGUUCCGUAUUUCUUACGAGUGGGCUGUGAGCUUCAUGUUGCAGAACAAACUGGGCUUGGAUGUACCCAUUUCAGAACAUAGGGAACUUCCUCAUGCCAUGGAGGAGAAUUGCCAACGCUUCACAGAGUUUGUGCACGGCCAAAUCAAGACCAACAACAUCCAACAAUGCAUGAUCGGUGCUAUGGAUCAGCUCUCUAUUUUUGUGGACUUUAAUUUGUUGAAUGAGAACACCAGCAUCAGCAAUGAGAAGGCCUUUCAGUUGACUGGGUCUGGGAAACCUUUUGUUAAAAUUUACCUUACGGUGCUUGCUGAUGGAACUGUGAUGCCUGCGAUGGUCUUUACGACUAAAGCCGGGAGCAAGUUGAGCGAACGCCUCCCAGACUCAGUCUUACUUAUGGCUAAAGAGGAAGCUUUAAGUGGAACAGAAGAGAUAGAGGUUUGGGCCGCCCGAGUGUGGAAGCAGCAUCCUGACUGGCAGAGCGAGAAGGAGGCCAUGCUGGUUAUGGAUAGCCAUCAUACCCGUGUGUCUGAGGAUUUCAUAUCCACGGUCAGAAGCGCCAAAACUUUACCUGCUAUUGUUCCAGUUGGGUGUACUGGACGACACCAACCCCUGGAGAUGUGUGUGCGGCCCGUGCUUCAAAGGUUGCUUCUUGCUCGAUGGGCACAGCGGUCUGCUAGUGAUGGCACAUCUGAGGUCCAGCCUGAAGAUGUGGUGCAGCUUCUUGUUACCUGGUUAGGAGAGGCCAUGUCUUGCUUCUCGCGUAAGCCUGAGUUUAUUCAGCACUCAUUCUGCUUGGCUCGACUGAUUCCUGACCAUUCGCAAGAGGAACAUACCAAUUUGCCAGGUAAUCCAUUGGAGCUGAUAAAUUUGCUGUUGGAUGCCGUGUCUGGACCUGAAGUAGUUGAAAUUGACUCUGCAGAUGAGGAAGAGCCAAUGGAAACGUGUACUGUAAGCAAGACGAAUCUGGUCGAGGAACCGAUUGAUUUAACAGAGGAGCCAGAAAUUGUAGAAAAUGAAGAUGAUCAAACAGACGAUGAAGACAAAACUCCAACAGAGAGAAAUAAGAUAGAAAGUCAAACACAGGAAAGGACUGAAGAUUGUUUGGAAAUUGCGAGUGAAUCUACAGAUAUCUCACAGUCAUCGCCUAAAUCAGACGCAGGUUCAAAUAACUCUGAACAAGACAAUUUCUCAGAAUCUUGUCAAGAUCUCAAAGAACCCCAUCAAGAUCCCAUUGAACACCGUCAAGAUCCCACUGAACACCAUCAAGAUCCCAAUGAACCCCGUCAAGAUCCCAAUGAACCCCGUCAAGAUCCCAAUGAACCCCGUCAAGAUCCCACUGAACCCCGUCAAGAUCCCACUGAACCCCGUCAAGAUCCCACUGAACCCCGUCAAGAUCCCACUGAACCCCGUCAAGAUCCCAGCGAACACCGUAAAGAUCCCAGCGAACACCGUAAAGAUCCCAGCGAACCCCGUCAAGAUCCCAACGAACCACGCCAAGAUCCCAUCGGACCCCGUCAAGAUCCCAACGAACCCCGUCAAGAUCCCAUGGAACCUCGUCAAGAUCCCAUGGAACCCCGUCAAGAUCCCACUGAACCCUGUCAAGAUCCCACUGAACCCUGUCAAGAUCCCACUGAACCCUGUCAAGAUCCCACUGAACCCUGUCUAGAUCCCACUGAACCCUGUCUAGAUCCCACUGAACCCCGUCAAGAUUCCAACGAACCCCGUCAAGAUCCCAUCGGACCCCGUCAAGAUCCCAUCGGACCCCGUCAAGAUCCCAACGAACCCCGUCAAGAUCCUGAUGCUGAUCAAACAGAUUCUGCAUCCAACAGGUGAUGUUUGGUUUACUGAGAGGUGUUAGUGGUUGUACAUAUAACUCUGAGUGUCCCUAACAAGACUUGUUAUUUAAUGUAUAACUCAUGGUGGAGUAAAAAGAGGGGUGGGGUCUUUUGUAUCAUAAGAACUGCAUUGAUUCAAAACAUAGAUGAAGCAUGGGAGUUUUUUUUUACUGUUUGUUCUUUUUUGCUUAUAUGUUAGCAGGUCAGCUCACAUGCAGUGUAAACUUUUAUUGUAUGUGGAUUGGUAUUCUGUGAUGGUUUUGCAUCCCAAAUGCACAUUUCAAACAUCAGCAUAUGUUUUUUUUUCAAACCUAUGGGGCCUAAAGCUAAUGACUCAACAUGACAUAACCUAAAUGAUUACACUUGAAAUUAAAUGUUGAAACUGUUAUGUUAUGAAAAUGGUAAUUAAAAUAUACUUUAUAAUUAUUUCAUGCAGUGAUAGUUGUGAUUAUGGGUCAUUUGUUGAGCAGGGUUCCCAAAACAAAAUAAAUAUAUAUAUAUAUAAUUUGAAAAUGUGUAAAGAAGCAGUGUUUAAAAUAUUAAAGGUUAUUGACUAUACAUGUUGAACUUUUAAGAUGAUCUAAACAAGAAAAAUGUAGUUGCCAAAAUAUUGCAGGGUAAAACGUUCAAGUUUGACUUAAUGCACAUAAAUGAUGAAUCAAAUCAAAAUGUGUCUUAAAAAUGGUAAAAGUCAUGGACAAACAUAUAAAUGGUCAAAAAGUGUGGGAACCCUCUAUUUCAUUUGGCUAGAGGAUUUCUGAGCUACAUUACUGAGGUUAUUUCCUAACAUGUAUACAGGUCUAUUUAUGAUACAGAAGGAUUACAUUAUUUGUCUUUAUUGACGUUCAUCUUGCAGUGUUUCUGGGCAACUGACUCAGUUUGUCUUGAAGUUCUUCAUUUGGUAACAGUAGGGUGGAUCUGACAUCCUGAAGAGUCUUAUUAUUUCAUAUUGUAACAAUGAAUGGUUUGGAAUCAUGUGUGCAUUGAAAUAUUUAUAUUCUGUAUUGAUUUCAGUAUCUGAUUUAUACACAGGAUGGUUUACACUUCCAUGUGUUCUUUAGCACAUUUAAUGGAUCCUUUCAUAUUUUUCUUGAGUGUUCUGCAAAAAAUAAAAGAAACUGCUAAUGACUGUGUAUAAA